AUGAUCUCUGUGUCUGAUCUCUCUUCUCUAUAUGUCCAGCAGUCUCUCCUCUCCACCCUGCUGAUGGGGGCCCCGGAGUUGGGCCUGGUGGCCUCACAUCUGUCUCUUAGCGCCGUCUGUCUCUACUCUGCUGUGCGUACUCUGCAGGUACACAGAGGGGCGUCUGCUGGAUUCUUGCUCCACGCUGCAGCUUCUGCCAUUGCCAUCGGAUGUGACCUCCUAUGGGAAGAGACGGAGGGUCCCAGCUCUCUCCACUCCUCCAGCCUUUGGGUUGCCGGUAUUAUCGGCCUGCCUCUCCUGGUCUUCUCCUUUUUCUGGCCGAAUGGAGACCACCUCACAGCCAACCUGGUCCUGGGCUCUGCGCUGCUCCUGGCUACCUUCUCUGGGUACCUGUCCCAAGAAGCCCAAAUGGUGGCCUCUUAUUUCACAAGAGCUGGAGCCACGCUGGCAAUCCUGAUGAUCUCGGUGUUCACUGGGAACAGUUAUGGCGUGCUGGGCAGCCUGGCCCUGGCUGCUGCGAGUUUUCCAUUUUUCCUGAAUGCUGCUGAGAUUCCUCAUUUCCCAGCAGAGAUGAUACGGAACUGCGUUUACAGCGUGUCCUUUCUGAUGCUCCAUAUGGCACUGAGGACGCAGAUCUCUGAUGAGAGCUGACAACACCCUCGUAUGGACUAUACACGUUGCCACCACCCA